AUGACCUUUCAUUGGGGGCGGCCGGGGUCGGAAGGAGACCCCCGGGAGCCCGGCAAGAGGAGCGGGGAGCUCUCCCCCGAAGAGCCUGCCCAGAGUGUGAGCCUGCUCCCAGACCCUGUGGCCGUGGAACUUCUCAAAGCCAAGGUGCAGGAAGCUGAAGACUUUACUUUCCUGUUUCGAGGAAUGACACUCCUGUUGCAAGAAAAGAAGCAACUGCAAGCAUCUCAUAAGACAGAAGUGGCCUGUCUCAAGGCUGAGAUUCAGUGGCUGCAGCAGGAGCUCCAACAGCAAGCCCAAGUGCCCCGGGAGGUGGCCCGGCUGAAGGCCGAGAAUCAGCGUCUGCAGCAAGAGCUUCAGGAGGCCAAGAGAGGCCAGAGGACAGGACACCUACCUUUUAGGCUUCCAUGGUCUAAAACAGAUUUCCAUAUCCAGGUGCUUGUCACUGGGAAGACUGGUAACUGUGAAGCACAGUUCUUAAAGAAGCUCUCUGACCAUCUUUCUGAUCAUCGUAUUAACCUCAAGACGGAGAAGUACCGAGAGGUCUCUGGUCACUUCCUGCUGGUCUUCUGCCCGGUGGCUUCCUCAGUGGGCAGCGACAUGACCAACGCUCUCAAGGGUCUCGGCAGUGAGCCGAAGGCCAUCUUGGUGAUGCUGCAUCACAAACUGAAGGAGAGCACCUCCCCCGUGGACACCAAGAAGCAGGCGCAUCACCCGGCUGUGGUGCGCACCCUCCAUGCUCGCUACACUCUCGAAAGUGGCUUCUACACUUGCCCGAUGAACGAGGAGGCCGUGGCUGUUGUGGCCGAAGUCCUUAAAGACCACUGCUAAUGGGUGAAGGGGGUCUCUGAAACUCUUGGCCCUACAAUGGAAUCGUGAGACUGGGAGAAAGGCAAAAGGAAAGGAUCAGGAGGCUGAUAUUCCUGUUGGCAUUGUUAUUACAGUUCACUCUCUGCACCCACAGUUUCCGGGUCUUAAAACAGCUAUAUCUAUUCAAGGAUCUACGAGGGUUGAAUGAAAAGUAAUGCCUCCACUUUCGUUACUUGGGUUUGGAUGGGAAUAUUUUAAUAAAUCAAACGCAGAAA